CCGCGCCUCCCGCCGCCAUUUCGUGUGUGUCGGGCCGCGUCGGGUUCUGUGUGUGAGGGGAGCGCAGCCCGGCGGCGCCACCCCCGGCGGUCCCCCGAGAUGGCGCGGCAGGGCCUCAGCCGGGCGCUGGUCACGGCCUCCUGGCUGGCGGAGGCGGUGCGGGCAGGGCGGGUGGGCGCCGGCCUGCGGGUGCUGGACGCCUCCUGGUACCCCCCCAAGGAGCGAAACGCCCGGCAGGAGUUCAAGGAGAGGCACAUCCCCGGGGCGUCCUUCUUCGACAUCGAGGAGUGCCGGGACAAGUCCUCCCCCUACGACUUCAUGCUGCCCAGCGAGUCCCACUUCGCCGACUACGUGGGGGGGCUGGGGGUCAGCAAUGACACCCACGUGGUGGUGUACGACGGGGACGAGGUGGGCACCUUCUACGCCCCCCGCGCCUGGUGGAUGUUCCGGGCCUUCGGGCACAAGGAAGUCUCUGUGCUGAAUGGUGGCUUCAAGAAUUGGGUGAAGGAGGGGCACCCCGUCACAGCGGAGGUCACCCAGCCCACCCCGGCUGUCUUUAAGGCCAGGCUGAACAGGGCCCUGGUGAAGACUUUUGAGGAGAUGGUACAGAACGUGUCGUCCCUAAAGUUCCAGGUGGUGGAUUCCCGCCCCGAGGGCCGGUUUCGGGGGACAGAGCUGGACCAAGGGUUGGAAUCUGGCCACAUCCCUGGUGCUGUGAACAUACCCUUCCAAUCAUUCCUAUCAGAAACAGGGCAUGAGAAGAGUAUUGAGGAGAUCCAGGAAAUAUUCCGUGAGAAGAAAGUGGAUCUCUCAAAGCCGCUGACAGCCACGUGCCGCAAGGGCGUCACGGCGUGUCAGAUUGCCUUGGCAGCCUUCCUGUGUGGCAAGCGCGACGUGGCCGUGUACGAUGGCUCCUGGUCCGAGUGGUUCCACCGAGCCCCACCACACUACAAGGUCUCUGAGUUGAAGCGCAGCAAGGCCUAGAGGGAGAGCUGUGUCUGGGGUAACACGGUCUAGCAGCUGUCUCCAGCCCAGGGUAAAGCAAAAGGGAGGAUGUGGAAGUAAAGAAAAAAACGGUUCGAUUUUGCCAUUUUUUUUUUUUUAAGAAUUAUCAUUAGGUUUCUAUUGAACUUUUGAUUUUUGACAGUUAAUAAAAUCUUAGAUGAUGCAUCUGUGAAUAUUUCUAAUUCUCUUCUGUUACCUGCGACCUGCUUGUGUUGGGUGAGAAAAGCAGCUCUGCAGCAUGAAAGAGAGUUACACUCUGUACCUGAACACCUGCAGAAAUUCCAGUGGCCUGAUGAAAGAUCAGGAGCAGAAUGAAUGCAAAGUCCAGUGCUAAAAUACAGCACUGGGCAUUGGACAUGGGAGGGCCAAGCUGUGGUUCUGUCAUUGACUCUAUGGAAGAUUUCUUGCCAGGCCACCAUCUUCCAAUCUGGAAUGUGGAAAAUGGGGGUACCCUCCAUAAGACAACUGGACCCAAUCCAUAGGGAUGUGUGUUGCUUCCAUGGAGUCCAGGUAAGGGACAUCAAAAAUAAAUGUAUGGUAUCAACUGGUAUGGCCCCCUGAUUAUUACCCUCUACUGGUGUUCCAGGUAGGCAGCAACAAGGUCCCAGCAAGAAGGCUGAGGUCGGAGAGCUCAUGUGAAGCAUUUGGAGAUGCUAAAAGAUCAAUUUCUGCUGAAAUACAGUCUAGUUGAUUAUCAUGACUGUGUUAAGAAAGUCUCCAUGAACUCCUGUAUGUGUGAUGAGAACUUUUGGGUACAGGUAUUUCAUGAAACAUGAGCCUUUUACUCUGCUCGUUGUGUGUUUUCCCAAUGAGUGAGGAUAACCCUUCUCUACACUGUGAAACUCCGUCUUUCCCAUGGAGCUGGAGCCCACAGCUCAUAGAGGAAGGGAGCAUUGUUCCCUAGCAACCACCUCUACAGCCUUCAUCCCACCUCCAUACCUGGACUUCAGCAGGACCUGCCUGCUUCUACAAACCACCAGUCACCACACCAGGGAUCAUGGACCAGAAACGUCAAGCUCAGGACAAUGCAGCAUUAGAAACGGGACAGAAAGGACACAACGACUGUACUGAAAUGACAAAAAACUCCUUAACCUGGGCAUCUCUUUCAGAUUACCAACAGCUGGAUUACAAUUUGAGAGUAAAUCUCUUCCAAGGUGGCCCACUGAAGACUCAAAGCUUGAUGAGAGAUUCCUACACCCCUGACAUAUUUCAGAAGGCAGUCAUAGAUCCCAGACAUUGGCAUGGAAGGACAAUUAAUGAGCUAGGGAGAUGGUAUGAGAAAUAUUUCCUAGAUCUUAACGUGCAGAAAGCAAUGAAGAAGAAAUAUGGGGGAGAUAAAAAAGACAAUUCCUAGAAGAUGAAGGUUGAAGAUUGGAGUGCAUUCAACAAUGAGUCUUUUUCUUCCACCAUCUAAUAAACCUGCCUGUGAAGCCUGAA